AUGGUGAGGAUUUUGAACGCGAUUGUAUUUCUAAGUUUUAGUAAUACAAAAGUCAGUGGCACAGAAGUUGACGGUUCGAAAACCUUGAAACGCGACAGGAAAGACGGCGUUAAUUAUGUCAACUUUGUUUCGCAUAAAUUUAGUUUUUUGGAUCUGCCACCCUUGUUAUCAGCUCUUGUGAGUACGGUUGGAGAGUGCGGUGUAACGUGUGUUGAUAACCCAUCAUGUUUUUCCUUUAACUGUGCGGCGUUCUCAGAUAACGUGCACAGAAAGAUGUCUUGCCAACUUUUGCCCAGCGAUAAGUACAAUAAAUCAACUAAGUUUUCUUCAAGUCCAACAUUUCAUCAUUACAGCAUAAAGGUAUGUAGAGAGAUAUUCUUGAAUUUUUUCUUCUUGCAUAAUUUUUUGGUGGGAAUAUAUACAGUGUAGAAGAGUUAGCCUGCUAUAUUAUUUAUAUUAUUUAACCUUUUCAGUCUGUAAUGUCAAAGUUCUCAAAAUAGUACUAGUGAAACAUUAAAUUCCGAGCUUUUUAGGCACUGAAAUAGCCAUUUAAAGCAUUCAGUGAAACACUCCGUUUCAAUGUAACAAAUUAUUGCAUGUGGCUGCAGUAGUUGAUGUAUUUAUCGUUUAUCAAUUAGAGAUGCUUGUCUUAACAGAGGUAAGUUAAGUCUUGGAAAAUUUUUCAUUAUCUACUGACAGAGUCGUUGUUCCAGUAAUCCUUGUAUGAACAAUGCAACUUGUGUGGCUAACUACGAUGAUUACAAGUAUUCAUGCGAAUGUGCUCCAGGAUAUUUAGGAAAGGAUUGCGAAGGUGACAUCAAAAUGUUUUUUCUUUAAUUCCGUUUCUUUUAAGACUUAAUUAACUAAGUGAAACGCUGUAAGGAUCUCAUUUACGUCACAUGCUGAGUUCAAGCCUGAGAAUUCUCAGCACUGCAUUCCAUUUUAGCUGUUUAUUUGUUUCACACUUUUGAGUGAUCAAAAUGAAAUUCCUCUCCAAAGUGCAGGGGUGUUAAUGUAAGGUUGACAAGAAAGAAAAAAUCAACUUAUGAAAUUGCUUCACGCAACAUUAACUACUCUGAGCUACCGCAAAUUAUAGGAUUACUGGAUUAUGGACGGUUCUGAAGAACUGCUAUUAUUUAGAUCUUGGGGAUGAAAUAAGUAGCUUUGAUGGCUACAAAUCGAAUAAUUAACCAUAAAAAUGGAAAAUAAGUUCACGAAUUAUCGGUGUGAAUUCAAUAUUCGUAUCCUUAUAAAAUUCUGCAAUACAGAUCACAGAAAUGUACUAAAUAAGAUGAUUUUUGGAAUAUUUGCAUUGAUGUUAAAAUUUGACCACUCAUUCCAUGACCAAUGUAAAAAUGCAUCCCUUUUAAGUCAAUUCGUGAUUCUGUGUCGUUUGCUUUGUCAAGGUAACUCAGCUAUCGUAUUGUUAACGCAAACUUAAAAGUCCUGUUUACAUCAGAGCAAUUUUCAAUUGAGUGUUGAAAGUAAGCCCGUAUUGCAUUGGUUUUGCUUUAGUUGGCUCUGUGAUUGGGCAAGAAAACUCCCCCUACUCUCUCAAACAGUCAGACGCAGAACUAAAACCAACCACAACUUAGUCUCUCACGUUUUCCCGCGCUUUGGGCAGUUUGGUUGGUUUUACUUUCAUGUAAGUUCUUGUUGACUCUUAAAGGUCUCAUCCUUUCUUCCGAUCGGCCGUUGUGGUUACUGCUGUUUUGAUUUUACAAUACUCAAACGAAAAGUGUUCUAAGCUUCGAACCGAAACUACGCUGUCCUUCUACUUUGUACCUCGGUGGAAUUUUACAUCUGAUCGUCGUUUAGAAAGAAUAACAAUAGUUUCAACAAAAUUCCUGCUUUUCUAUUUCUCUCAUGCCGAUAUUAAUGUCAGCUGUUUGGUUUAUCUUUCCUAGAUAUCGACGAAUGUUUCAGUAAUCCAUGUUUGAAUGGAGGACGCUGUGUUGAUGGCAUAAACAAAUAUCACUGCAACUGCCCGUCAUACUUCACCGGACCAAGAUGUGAAACAAUAGGUUAGGUUCACUUCAUCUCACACUCUAGAAGCUUUUACUCAAAGAGCAGUAACGCCAAUAAUAAAGUCUAAUAGCAUGGAAUAAAUCAUCAGCAGGAUGUUAAAGUUAACAAAGCUAGGUGACCUAUGCACUAGAAAUACGUGUAACCGUGACAAAAAUGUUUUUUUUCUCAAUUCUUUCUAUCUAUCUAUAUGUCAAUACUUUAGCACUUGCGGCGUGAGUUGCCGAUCGGAAGUGAAUCAGGAAUUAAAGAAGAGUAGCAAAACCAAAUCAAUUCCGUCAUAGCAUGUACAUUAAUAAAAUCAAAACCAUGUUUAAUGUUCCUUGCAUUCGAAAGCUUUUCAAUCAAGUCUAACUUUAUGGUUUAUUGCUGACAUCUUAAUUCUGCUCCUUUUUUACACCUUGUCCUUGUAACUGCGGUUUGUUUCUCUGUUGCUCCUAAUACAGGGCACAGGGUUGUUGAAAAAGACGUGCGAAAAUCACUCCUUUUCACUUUUCUUAAAAAUACACUGGUAUGUAAGUUGUCAUUUGGGUGAACACAGGCAGCCACGACUCGGACUCGAAGGGGAAAAUCUUUGAUUUUUUGUUUAAAUCCCAAGAUAAUCACAAGAAUUGAAAGGAGAGAAACUAGUGGUAUAGAACGUUUACCUUGUAUUGUAUCUCCAUUAGAUGUGGAUGGUCUUGUCGCGCUCUACCCGUUCAACUCAGCAUACACUACAAAAGACAUGCUGGGUAGUCAGCUUGACGGAAUUGCUUCCAACGUGCAGCUUGCAACUGGACCUAAGGGAAACGCUGGCGGUUCGUAUCGGUUCAUGGGUACAUCUAACAGCUACAUUGAACUACCAAACAGCGGAGGGUUAGAUACGAUGUACUCUUUGACAGUUGUGAUGUGGAUUUAUCCCGAGGGACCAACGGAUGGACCUUUAUUCAACUAUGGGACUUCGACUUCAAAUCUUUGGAGAGUUCAUUUUUGGAUAGGAACUGGUGGAAACUUUUUUUUCCGUCCGGCUGAUAGACAGGGUAAUAUGUAUUCAUCUGUAACAAGCCCUGCAACCUCAGGUCAGUGGCAUUACGUCGCUGUUUCUUACGACUACAACAUUGGAGUGGCUAGACUCUGGAUCGACGGAGUGGAAAAAGGGAAAGAAACUGUUGGAGUGUUUCAAUUAGCUACCGACUUAAAUGUCAGAAUUGGUGUGAAAACUGGUGAUGCCAGAUAUUUUAAGGGAAGAGUCACAGGAAUACAAGUGUAUAACGUAGCACUUAAUCGAGACCAGAUAAUGGCUGUGAAAACGAGAGGGGAAGGCUGA